CCUUAAAAACCCAAAGUAGGAGAACCAUUCAUGUCAUUUACAAAUUCACAAUCACUUGUUAUCUGAAUUUCCAACUCUCAUUUACAAUAUUUCUCCACUUGUGUCCACAUUAUAAACCCCCAAAACUAAGAGAACCAUUCAUUUCAUUCACAAUCACUUGUUAUCUGAAUUUAAUUUCCAUCUCUCAUAUAUGAUAUUUCUCCACUUCUUUCCACUUUAUUAACACCCAAAACUAAUUAAGAGAGCCAUUCAUUUUAGUCAUAAUCACUCGUUCUCUGUUAUCCAACUCUCUGCAGUUUUCAACUUCAUUUCACCUCCCCCACCCAAAAAAAUAUGAAGGAGAAACCAAUUCAACAAAAAUACAGUUCUUUCCACAAUAAUUGACCAUUGUGACUGUUGUGAGUACCCACAUGUAACAUUUCACUUUAAAUGUGAGUACCAAAUUAUCCACUUCUUUCCACAAUACUAAUAAUUCAGUUCUCCACUUGUUUCCACUCUAAACCCCCAAAACUUACAGAACCUUUCAUUUCAUUCAUAAAUUUUUCUGAAGAGUUUUCAACUUUAUUUCAAAAAGAAAGGAAAAAAAAAAAAAAGAAAAGCAAGUAUGGAAGUUGUAGAGAUGGUAGUUUCAGCAAUGUUUAAAGAAGUGUUGGAUAAACUGGUCUCUGAAGGAGUGAAGCAGUUCAUGAAGCUGGUCAACAAAGGAAAGAAUUCUAAAAAUAAAAUCAAUAUCGAAGAUUGGAAGAAUGAGCUGGAGAUGAUUGAAAGGGUUUUGAGCGAUGCUGAACAGAAACAAUGUGAUGAGCAACACGGAGCUGCAAUCAGGUUGUGGCUGGAGAAUCUUCAAGACUUGGCUUUUGAUUUGGAGGAUCUUUUGGAUGACUUUGCAUAUCAAGCCCUGAAAAUGAAUCAGGGUAAUAAUGAUGAUUUUGAUGUUCAUCAUUUCAAGAAGAAUGCUCGUGGAUUUCUUCCAACUUCCUUCCAUAAUAUGGUUGGCAGUGUUUUGGCGUGUGGAUGUAGUACUUCCCGGCAAAUUGGAUACUCUGGUCCAGACUUUUCAUCAAGGAUUGAUGAGAUAAGUAAUGCCUUGAACAAGAUUCAAACCCGGGUUUCGACUUUGGGUCUCCUAACCAACAACUUGAGGCAACCAACAAACGCAGUAGAGGAGCAGCAUCGAAAGAUGCGAGAGACCUCUUCUUUGAUAAGCGACAAGCAUCAUGUUUACGGGAGGAAUGAUACGAAAAAAGAUAUCAUCUGUCAAUUGUUGGAAGAUAAACUAAGUUAUGAGAAUUAUGUUGUGAUCCCUAUCGUUGGAAUGGGAGGCAUUGGGAAGACAACUCUUGCGCAGUAUGUCUACAAUGAUAAGGAGGUGAAGACUCACUUUGCUCUUAAGGCAUGGGUGUGCGUAUCAGAUGCGUUUGAUGUGAAACGGAUAACAAAUGAUAUCAUCAACUCGGCCACCCAAGGCAAUUUUGAUUGUAGCAACCUGAAUCAAGCACAAGAGAAAUUGCAGCAAGUGCUAAAGGACAAUAAAUUCUUAAUUGUUCUUGAUGAUAUUUGGAGUGAGAAAUAUGAGGAGUGGAACCAGCUACAAAUACCUUUUCUUGGUGCAGCACGAGGAAGCAGAGUCAUCGUCACAACCAGAAAGGAGGUCACUGCAAGGGUGAUGAAUAAUCCCAACCCCAUCCAUUUAGAACAUUUGUCUGGUGAGUAUUGUUGGAGUAUAUUUCAGCAGCAUGUUAAUACUAUGCAUUCAGACCUUGCUGAGAGGCGGGAUGAUAUUAUCCGCAAAUGCGAUGGAUUGCCUUUGGCUGCAAAAGCUCUUGGUGGUCUGCUACGAAAGACAGUGGAGAAGAGUCGGCGCCAAAGGAUAAUAGAUAGCAAUAUUUGGAGCAAGACGUGUGAAAUUUUGCCUGUUCUAUGGUUGAGUUAUCAUCAUCUGUCAUCUCUUCUGAAGUGUUUAUUUGCUUAUUGUUCCAUAUUUCCUAAAGAUUACGAAUUUGAGGAGAUGGAGAUUAUCCAACUGUGGAUGGCUCAGGGCUUCCUACCAGACACCACAACAAAUGAAAGAAUGGAAGAUAUUGGCCAUGAGUACUUCAAUGAUUUGGUAUCAAGGUCAUUAUUUGAAAAAAGUCCAUCUGCACGAGGAAUGUUUAUCAUGCAUGACCUCAUACAUGAUGUGGCUCAAUCUGCUGCAGGCAACCUAUGCAACGUAAUGGAUGGCACGGAUACACAGACGGAUUUCAGAAGAACUCGUCAUUUGUUUAUCACCAAGCAUGUUCAAACCUUGGGAAAUCAAAUUAUGGCUUCUCAGUUGCGUACUUUUCUAUGGAAUUAUGCUUUGAAAAUUGACUAUUCUGAUUUUUUCAACAAAAUCCGUUACAUACGCACUCUAUUUCUAUAUUCGGAUGAAAUUGAAGCUUUGCCAGAAUGUAUCGGUGAUUUAAAGCACUUGCGCUACCUUAGUCUCAAACUUAGAAGAAUAAAAGAGUUGCCACUUUCAAUCAACGAUCUUUGGAAUCUCCAAACACUUUGUUUGAAAGGAUGUGGUGGACUUGAGAAGGUUCUAUGUAUUGAAUCGCUUGGGAAACUUCGUCACCUGUACGCUGGAAACAAUUGCGUUGGCAUCGGGAAAUUAACAAACUUGCAGACUCUGGAUAUACUAGGUGGGUCCAGGUUAAGGGAGUUGGGGAAGUUGAAUCAGCUCCGUGGAAGAUUAAGAAUCAUGUUCGCGCUAUUAAAUGUGACAGAGGUUGAGGUUAAGGACGCAGAGGAAGCCCAGUUGUGUAAGAAAGAGCAUCUUGAUCGGUUGGAAUUGAUAUGGAGGCGUAGAUGGAGAGAAGUGGUCAAUGGCAAUAAAAUGCAAGAUGUGGUUGAGAAGUUGCGGCCUCACACUUCCAUCAAAGAGUGUGAGUUGGGGGAUUACAUGGGCUCGACAUUCCCAAGUUGGUUGGGAGAUUCCUCUUUCAUUAACAUGGUGGACAUAUAUGUGCAUAGUUGUGAUAAUUGUGUAUGCUUGCCUCCAUUGGGGCAACUACGCUCAUUGAAGAGUUUUAAGAUUGUCUGUAUGGAUGGUAUUAAGGAGGUUGGUCUUGAAUUUUAUGGGAAAUGCCCAAUUCCUUUUCCAUCUUUGAAGACUCUAGAAUUUUCUUGUAUGAGAUCCUGGGAGAAGUGGGUGCACCCACUAGUUGACAACAAGGCAUUCCCCAACCUUGAAAUGCUUUCUAUUUAUGAUUGUCCGUCAUUACAAGGUGAUAUACCUCCUCAUUUGCCUUCUCUUAGGAGGUUGGAAAUCAAUGAAGUCGAGCAGCUACAAUCCUUGGAAUUGAAGAAUUCGUCUUCCUCAACUUCUCAUCUUCCCUUGACUCUAAAAUCGCUGAGGAUUUAUAAUUGCAAGAAACUACGGUAUGUAGAAUUUGAUAAACUAUCUACGAAUUCGUCUUCCUCAAUUUCUCAUCUUGAAGAAGUCAUUGUUAUGUAUUGCAAAUCUAUGGUCUCUAUUGGUCAAAUUCCCUUGACUCUAAAAUCGCUGAUGAUUGAUGAUUGCGAGAAACUACGGUAUGUAGAAUUUGAUGAACAAUCUACGAAUUUGUCUCGUGGAAGUGACAAAUUGGAACUUCCUCUUCUCACCGAAUUGGAAAUAGUAAGAUGCCCAAGUCUAAUAUCAUUACAGCAAAGCCUGCUUCUCCCAGCUUUACGAGAUCUUCACUUAAAGGAAUGCGAAAAUAUGGAAAAGCUUCCUGGUGAAUUUGAUAAACUAUCUACGAAUUCGUCUUCCUCAAUUUCUCAUCUUGAAAAUGUCAUUGUUGAAAGUUGCGAUUCUAUGGUCUCUAUUGGUCAAAUUCCCUUGACUCUAAAAUCGCUGAGGAUUAAUGAUUGCGAGAAACUACGGUAUGUAGAAUUUGAUGAACAAUCUACGAAUUUGUCUCGUGGAAGUGACAAAUUAGAACUUCCUCUUCUCACCGAAUUGGAAAUAGUAAGAUGCCCAAGUCUAAUAUCAUUACAGCAAAGCCUGCUUCUCCCAGCUUUACAACAUCUUCACUUGAAGGAAUGCGAUAAUAUUACCUCCCUGGUGACAGAAAAGCUUCCUGGUGAAUUGCACAAUAUUACCUCCCUCCAGAGCUUAGCGAUUGAAGACUGCCCUAAAAUCCAUAGCUUAGCAGAAGGUGGUUUACAUUUCCUGACAUCACACCUUUCUCUCCCUUCUUCCUUGUCUACAUUACAUAUCAACAGUUUCCAAAAUUUGAAAACCGUAUCAUUCAAUGGCAGCACCAGUCCCAACCUCACUCGUCUUGUUGUUAGCGAAUGCCCAAGGCUUGAAUCAUUGGGAUUGCACCUUCUUACUUCCCUUGAAUUUCUAGAUUUUUAUAAUGAAGAACUUAGUAAUUCCCAAGGCUUGAAUCAUUGGGAUACACUAGAGUCCAUUAGCUAUCCUGACUUUCCCUCUUCCUUGUGUGAGUUAAAUAUCGGGAGUUUUCAAAAUUUGAAAACAAUAUGUUGUUCCACUCUUCCCAGACUACGCAGGAUGCAUAUCUUUGGUUGCCACAAAUUGGAAUCCUUUGGUGACAAUGGCCUUCCUCCACACAUUGAUAAUGUCGAUAUUGAAUUGUGUGAAAUGAUAGAACAACAUUUGACAAGUGAUCCCAAUGGUCGUAUAACAAAUUAUGGGAGAGGAAAAUUCUCAAUGCCUCUGUCCGGAAGUCAACCAAGCUCAGCCGAAACAACUUGUUGAUACAACACUCAACAAUCAAUGGAACUUCACUCAAACAAAAGAUUAUAAACUGGUGACAAACAUUAUUGGUUCUACACUUCUAGAGCUGCAGAAAGUUUGUCCACGUUCAGACAUUCAUCCAAGGAUUAAUGUCAUUUCAUAGUUGCAAAGUGAUCAGAUCCCGGCAGAGUGUUUUAGUUACGCUGCAGAUGUGCCAAGUAGAAUGAAGCUUGUCAAAGCUAGGAAGUUUCGACGCUGUUUAUUACAGUAAGCAAUAGUGUGGCUAAGAUACACUGCUAUAGUACCAAGAAGCAUCAGAUAAGCAUAAAUUGGCAUUUCUCUGUUUGAGCUUGAUAGCAACUUUGUUUAGCCAAUAUACUUGAGACCGCUCUAUAUGUUGCAACUUCAAGGUUUGUUAUUGCCUUAAAUUGUUGGCAUUUUUCAUUUAUGAUUCAGAGACAAGUCAUCAGGAUGCGCCUUUUAUUACUAGAGAGACAUAAAUUGAGGAUUUGCUUUUCACUGUCAAUAGCAACGCAUUUCAUCUGGUUGUUGUUCAAUAGCAACCAGGAUUUCUGCUUUUGCUCCA